ACGUAAAUUUAAACAGUUUUUAAUAGUUUUAUUAAAUAUGACAGCCCUCGGAAGAGCUAUAAGAUGUACGUCAAGGUAUCUAAUAAAUAGAAAAUACCACGGGAAUAUAAUUCUGCAACACCAAAAGUGCAACAUUCACAACCCAAUUGUCAGAUGCUGAAAAUAACAAGCGUCGUAACCCUGGAACAUGCGUCGUAACUCUGGAACAUGCGUCGUAACCCUGGAAAUAACGUCUUAUUGACAAGCGUCGUAACCUCGGAACAUCGUAAGCCGACACAGUCAUAACCCGGGGACUGCCUGUAUACGCUAACAUUGUUCAAAUGAUGGUGGAUUGUCUGUGGUUAGAGCGGCCAGUCAUGUGAUUGCCGCCAUAUUGUAUUUCAAAACUGCCAUGAAAACAUAUUUUACGAAGAGCCCACAUGCUUAUUUUAGUUAGUAUGGGGCUUUCAUAUAUCACAUUAUGUUGACGAAACUUCAAUCUUUUGAAUGGUAUGCUUAAAGUUGUAAUUGUAUUCUUGUUUCACCAAUUAAAUAUUGAGUUAAUAAGGCCUGGCCAGCGCAAUGACGAUGGAUUGUCUGCGGUUGUUUACCCUAUAACACAGUAUGCUCCAGUGAGCAUGGCAUAUGCUUCUUAUCAAAUGACCAACCCUCGGAAGAUGAGUCAGGAGCCACCAGUUAUUAUUAUGCAUGGAUUGCUGGGAUCCAAAAUGAAUUGGAAAUCACUUGGAAAGGCUAUCAAUGCCAAGACAGGAAGACUUGUGUAUUCAGUGGAUGCUCGUAAUCAUGGCGAUAGUCCGCAUACACCUGACAUGAGUUAUUCAUUGAUGGCAGAAGACCUCCUGUAUUUCUUACAAGAGAGAGGUAUAGAAAAGGCUGUGCUAAUGGGACACAGCAUGGGUGGGCGUACAGUCAUGGCUGCAGCUUUAAUGGAGCCCAGCAUAGUUGAGAAACUAAUCGUUUUGGACAUCUCUCCACUGAGCACUUCAAGCAGUAUAUCAUCUCUUCCAUUAUUUGUUGAAAUAAUGAGAAGAGUGGAAGUUCCUCCUGAUCUAAACAUGCCCCAAGCAAGGUCAUAUGUCGAUGAUUUGCUUUCAACGGUUGUACAGGAGAGAGGUAUUCGUCAGUUCCUGCUCACCAAUUUAGUACACACAGGGACAGGUUAUAGCUGGCGGGUCAAUAUAGAUUCUAUUGCCAAGAAUUUUAACCCUCAUAUAUCAACGUUUCAAAUUCCUACAAGAACCGUGUUUGAGGGGGAAACUGCAUUCAUUGCUGGCAGUUUAUCAGACUAUGUAAGACCUGAGGAUGAGGAUGCAAUUCUGGAUUUGUUUCCUGCGGCCACAUUCCAUUACUUAGAUGGUGCAGGUCACUGGUUACACGCAGACAAGCCGCAAGAAUUUCUUAACCUUCUGGUGCCUUUAAUAGAAGGAUGAACUUGAAUCUUUUGUAAUUCAUUUGUUUUUGAUAAAAGAUGCUUGUUGUUGAAGAAAAAUGGGAUUAUUACUUGCAGAUGCUGAAAAUAACAAGCAUUUGUUAGCUCUUAGAAAACAUCAUCAGAGAUUCUUUUUUACAGAUACGGGUAAUGUCUACCUACUUUUUGUUAGCUGUCGUGAUUAGUCAUUUUAUAAUUUGUUGCAUUUGGUGACUUGAAUUUUUUGUUGCACAUAAGUUGGUUUUAAGCUUUGCCUGUGUAAGUCUUGGGAUCUAUUUUCAUACAAUUUCCUGUUCAUUGGUCAGCCCUAGAACACACAAUUAUUACACACUAUUUUUACACAGUUGCUUGAUUAAAGUACUUAAUCAUAAUUUUGUCAUGAUAGAGAUGUACAGUACAUAAUUCUAAUGGCUGUGGAAUAUUCAUAUUGCUAUUAUAGCCUUUGCAAAAUAAAGGAUUCAUCAUAACCAGUAUGUUGUGGUAAAGCUGCCAAAAUAAAUAAACAAGGUAGUGUUUUUGCUGUGUCACACAUUCUUUUGAUUAGAACAAACCAGCAUGAGCAGAAAACAUAACAUUCUUAGUGUAACAGACAAUAUUUUUGUAUCUUACAACAAUGAACGGAGAGAUGAAAUGCUAAAUUUGAUUUCUUUCUCAGAUAGAUAUUAUUAUGUAGUUUAGCAAGGCCUUUGAACUAGAAUUUUCAGGUCACAGUCACAGGAAAAUAAGACUUUGUGUCUUUUAUAAUGUACAUUGCAUAAUAUUGACGUACAGUACUCUUUAAAAUAAUAAACAGGGUAAAACCACCCAGUUUAUUAUUCUGAUGAAAAAAGAAUGGUACUUUUGAGGGUGAAUGAAUUGAGACAAAAUAAUACACUGGCUUUGUGAUGUUUGCGUCUUUGGUGAGCAUGACAUUCCCAUUUUUUAUUGUUCAAUUUAAGGGUGACUGCCAUCGUGGAUAGCAUUUCAUGCCUGACCCCAUUAUUGUUCUCCCCACAUUUCACUGAGUUGCACUGUGGAAGGUGGCUAUUGUUCAUUUAUUCACUAUAUCUGUGGUGCCAGCCCAAGAAGAGUCUAUAUAAGACUCGGAGGUCUGGAAAAACUAACCCCUCUUAUUAUUAUGUACUAUUAUUACAUAUUAUCUUUGGUUUGAAGGCCAGGUUCCUUUAAAGCUAUUAUCCGGUCAAUACCUUCAGAUGAUAAGUCUUUAGUUUUGCCCGUAGUAAAUGAACAAUUGCCACUUUACACCGUGCAACUUGAUGGAAAUGUGGAGAGAACAAUACCAAGGUCAUGCAUGAAAUGCUAUCCACAAUGUUGGCCACCCUCAAACUGAAGGAUAAAACAUGGGAAUGUCAUGCUCACUAAGGAUGUGUAAAUGUCACAUUCACACUCAUACCAUAUUUUUUUCGCCAGAAUAAUACAACGGGCGACAUUACUGUGUUUAUUAUUUUGACGAAUACUGCACAAAACAGUUGUUCAAAGAAAGAAAAGAAAAUGGGAAAAUGUUGAUAUUUUAAAUUUAUUUUUCCUUACCCAUUUUGCAUCUUUUUACCUCCCUCUUUGAAACGCUUGAAGGAUGGCAGAUGCCACUGUCUGUUUGUCCGUCCAUCCAAAACUUUUUCAGUCAUUAACCUGAGAACUAUAUCUUGUUCAUAGCAGAAUUUGGCACAAAAAGCAGCUGAAGGGACUGAUGUAAAGUUAUGCCAAGCAUGUAAUGUUAUUCAAGGCUUGGAUUCAUUUUUACAAUAUGUUAUGAAGGCUGAUGCAGUGGCAAAUUUUUGGUGUUAGGAUUAUUUAGUAAUUACCUUUUGACUUUACUUUUUUUAUGAUAUGUGUACAUUGUACUCUUGGAAUAAAUGAUAAAGCAAAAGGUCUUACAUUGGAUAAUGUAUUUUUCCAUUAAUUCAGUGUUGUUGAAUGUAUAGGCUGUUUUAUUCAUUUGUUAUGGAUCAGAGUUUUAGUCAACAAAAAUUGAGAAUUUUGGAACUUGACAUGUUUUAAAUAUCAACAUUUACAUAAAUCAGUUAGUCUGGUAGAAGUCAAGGUUGAAAUGAAUGGCCUCUCAGUUUUUAGAAUACGUACUGUAGUAUAGUGUUGCAGGUGUAAGACAUAAGACUUCUUUCUAAAUUAAGCUUGUAAAAUGGUUUAUUAUUCAGUCUGAAAUUUUUUCAAACUGUAUUUUACCUCAUCCAGCUGUGUCCAAAAUGUUGCACCAUCUUAUUUCUGAUACUCUUUACAGUCAACAGGUCAAACAGUAUCCAUUUAUAAUACUUGGGUAAUCUCAUUUAGUUUAUAGUAUUGUGGUAUUGUUGUGAACCAGCAAGUCAUUGGUGGUAUAGGGAAAUUUAUCAUUCAUUAAUUUGGUUUUAUUAAUAAUUUAGGCAUAUAUUUAAAUAGAAAUGACUUAGCUAUUGUUUCAAAUAUGUUAUUACCUUCAAGAACCAGUUCCAUUUGUAGCUUCAUCACAUGUCUUCCUGCAGUCGUCUAAGUGAAUGGGAAGUCCUUGGGAAGCCUCGUAAAUUUUAAGAUAAGAUUAGGAGAGUUGUAUAUUGGGUUUUUGUGACAUUUGUUAUGAAUCUUUGUCUGUUGAACUUGACUUCCCUAUUUCGUUAUUUAUACCUAAAUUAAAAUUUAAGUUUUAUUCCUAAUUACAUUAAAUUAGGUGAAGACAUAAAGUAAAUUUGUCAGUUGAAGGGGAUUAUGGAGGAUGUAAGUCCAAGUAGUUUUGAAUUAUACUGGUAGUUGAAAAAUCUUUAAGCCUUUUAAUUAAUCAUUUUCUAAAUUCUGGUGAAAGUACUGCCCUCCAGUCACAAAGUGUCAAGUUGAACUAUAUUUGUAUAGUCAUUUUGUUUUAGUGAUGUUCUGAAUAUACAGAUGUUAAGGUUCUGAAUAUGUAUACAGAUGUUAAGGUUUUGUGCCCACACAGAAAGUAAAGAUUCAGAAACGUGUGUGCUGAAUGCAGCAUACUGAAUUGCUGGAAGUAUGUACUGUUAUAGUAUGUGAGAUUAUUUUCACACAAGUUUUGAACAUGAAGUGAUUUGACAUUUGGCAAAGGAGUCAUCUUAUCAGUAUUACACAUUACAGAUGAAGGUGAAUUAUUUCUGUGUUCAAGUGCCUGAUGGUAUCUCAUGAAGUGUUUGUAAAGAAUCUUUAUUUAGAUGCCUAGGUGUCACUUUGUAGUCCAUGUAAUAUAUUGUAAAACUUGUAAAUAUGAUGAAAAUAAAGUUGAAAAAAUAAAAAUGAAUUAAAUGUG